AUGAUGCGCGAGAUUCGCCCUGGCGACAUCACUCUCCCAAAUCUGAUGCUUCUUGUGGCAGAUCGCAAGGCUUGUGAGGAAGGAUGGGUGCUGCACUUGGCUGUGAACCAAAAGGGAGAGAUUUUGCCGUUUAGAAUUCGUGAUAGGGCGUCUUACUCGUUUCAAAGAAUUGGAAACUUGAUGGAAGGUCAGCAUUUGCAAGAAAGCGCUUCAGAUCCUGAAGUAGACGAGGAGCGCUACAUGAGUACUGGUGAUGCAUGGGCACCAGAAUAUCUCAAGGAGGAAGAUUAUGACCUUUAA